AUGAAUCAUCGAUUAGCCUCUCAACUACCUCAUCUCGUUCGUUUCAAUUUUCCUCCACUCAAGUAUGCUUUUGCUUAUGGCUCAGCAGUGUUCAAGCAAAAAGGACAUGAAAAAUUCCAUGAUGAUUUUGAAAAGAUGGUUUCACAGGAAGGAGAAGCAAGAAUACCAUCGGAACCAGUCAAUCUAGCACUACGGGAUCGGAAAAAGUUAAUGGUAGAUUUGGUGUUUGUGGUUUCAGAUUCCUAUGAAUGGCAUAAACAAAAUUUAUUGCUAAAUCCCGAACAUUAUUCAUGGCUGAUGAGAGUGGUGGGUCCUAAAAUGAUAACAUUAUUGCAAGAACGAUUUGGAGCAAAAAUAUAUUAUAAUACAAUGGUAGAAUUGAAGGAGAGUCAUAGUACAACAUCUCCAUAUUUAUUUAAAUAUGGAGUCAUUAAGGCACAAGAUUUGAUUGAUGAUUUGAAUAAUUGGGAGACGCUGUAUGUCUCUGGAAGGUUGCAAAAACCAACAUUUGAAAUUGAUGUGUCUAAUCCGUUAUCAAGAACACAAAAAACCUCAGAACAAGCUCAACAUGCCACGAAUUCUUCUCUGCCUACCCAAACAUCUCCUUACACUCUACAAAAGGUCAUUGAUUGGCAUGCUGAGAUUGUAAAAGCACAAGAAAUUAAUUUGGAACAUGCAUUAUUUGUUGCUUUGAAAAUGAUGGUGAAUGAUUUAAAGAACUCCAACACACUGUCACCAGAGAGUGGUGAUCAAUACAUUAGAAUUAAUUUAUUCGAUUUAUUUGUGAGAAUUGCUUCAAUUUCAUAUCAAGGAGAUGUCCGCAUGAAAAUUAAAGGAGCAGAAAAUGCAAAUAAGGUGAUGAAUAUUGUUACCACCAAUUACGAACUAUUCAUCAAACUAUACAAACCCAUUUUUGACAGGAAUGGUAUGGAUAUUAAGAAGGAGGCGGAACAUACGUCGUCGAGCGACCACUCUUCAAGCUACAUUCAAAUCUCACCUCAACAAAUCAAGAAUGUCAUUGAACAGAAACCACUCCCAUCUACAGUGAGCAAAACGAUUGAUUCGAAACACGUGUCAUCAAACUCUGCCUCAUCCAAGAUCACCAAUGAACAAUUAGAAAAUGCAAUCUCACACAUUGUCCAUCGCUCCAGCACCUCUCAAACUCUCAAAGGCAUUCUUUCUGCAGGUUUCACAAAGAGCAUCAUGUACGUAUGGGAGAAGAUCAAGAAGGGAAUGCAAAAGCAUUAA